GUUAAGGCUAAAAACUCUUUAAAUAGGUAGUGGAGAUAGAGGAGAUUUUGAUAUAAAUAAAAAAGGUGCUAGCUCACAUGGCUGGUAGUUUGAGGUUUGUUGAUGGAGAGCCAAUUGAGUAUUUUGUUAAGGUUCAUCAUGAUGGUGAAGAAUUCGAGGGCGACGAUGACGACGAUGAUGAUGGAGCUAAUAUUGCUCCAGCUGCGUAGUGUUAUGGAAACCUACAUAUAUAAUUUUCAGUGAGUUUCUUAUGAUAAUUAACUAAUAUGAUUUUUCUUUCUUAUUAAAACAUAAGAAUUACAAGUAUCUUACAUACAUCUAUGUAUGUUAUAGAAGCUGCUAUAUAUAUCAUGUAAAGCUAAUUAUAGCUUCAUAUCAAUAAAACUAUUUGUUCUACUUGUUGUUGGAUUUUGAUGUUGUAACACGGUUAAAGUGUAGUUUUUACUUAAAAAAAUAAAAAAAUUAUUAUAAAAUUUUGUCCUAAGCUUACACAAACCCUAGCCUAGCCUAGUCUGGUCUCGUUUCAACCUUAAAAUUUAGUUAAUGUGAUUGUAUACCAAACAUAGCCUUUUCCCUGUGCGGAAAUCAUGACACACGAAAAAUGAAAGCUUUCAACCUCAGGCGUGUUAGUAGGGUCGAUGAACUCGGUUCAAUUGGGUUCGCCUUUAUUCUAAGUGUGUAGCUAAGUUUUUUCUUUUGAAUAAUUAUCUUUCUUUUUUGAUUGGUUUUUUCAUUUUCAUAAUUUGUUGGGUGUUAAGUUGGGAUGCAUUUUGAUUAACUUUAAAUUCGAAAAACAAAAUUGCAAUUUGUCACUUUUACUUAGCGGUUUAACAUCAUUAACAUAAAUAUAAGUUUUUCUAAAAUCUUCAUUUAUUCAAACUAAAUAAUUGUUUCAUCAAGGUGAUGCGGUGAUUAUAGUCCUUUUAAUUGUUGUUAACUUAGACAUUCUGGUUAAUAUUUGGUUAGAAUUGUUUUGAAUAUUAAUAUUAUUUAUGUAAAUAAAGAAUAAAUUUUAAUAAUUAAAUAAAAUAUUAAGUACACAAAAUAAUACUAUGAGCGGUUAGGACAUUGGACUCUGAAUUCAGUAACCCAAAUUCAAUUCUCGAUAGUACCUAAUAUUUUAAUUUUUAAAAAAACUUAUUGAAAAAGUUUAUGGAUAUAUUCACUUAUGUUAACAGUUGAAGUGUAGAAAUAUUAUUUUUAUUUAAGUGAUAUAGCCAGAAAAAUGGCGGGAAACGGAAGAAGGAAGAUAUCAGAGAAAAGGUAAAACGAGAGUAGAGAGUGAGAGAGGCGAUUGAGUUGAAGGAGUGAGCAAUGGCAGCGACGACGGAUACUUUGCAAAGCCUUCUGCAAUCCAUCAAAUCAUCCGAGUUGUAUAUGGCGGUGGAAGCAUUGCUGUAUGGAAGUAGCUUCAGGUUCUCCAUAAUCUUGUAAUUUUUGUCCGAGAAAGCUCAGAAUGUUGCUACAAUUAUAUUGUUACUCUAAUGAAUUUUGAAGCACCGGGCAUUAGAUGUGCAUGGUUUCUUUAUUGAUGGAAAAUGAAUAUUUAUUUUAUUAAAUCUUAAUAACAUCAAAUUUAUCUCAUUUUCAUAUGGAAUCUAUUCAAGCUACAUAUAUGUUGUUGCUUGCUUUACCUUAAUGCCAGGUUAGAUGUUUUGGGAAGACUUCACAUGUUUGGACGUUUCCCAAUGCAUGCUGAACAAGGCUAUCUUGAACGUGGCUAUGAAAAACAUAGAAUCCAACAUAUCCGGAUGUUUAGGCCAUUUUUUCUCGCUUGGGAGCAAGGCAAGCUCUUGGUGCGGAAAACAUCUGAAGAUGACACUCAUGGAAAGUGAAGAUUCUCAAGAAGAAGAGCACAGUAAUGCCUUCUUUCAGCUACUUCUUGAUGUGUUGAACUACUCUGCUGCUGGUUUUUCUGCUUUAUCGAGGUAUCCCGUAUCAGAUGACAACGAGUCUAUGGCCUCAGUGGAAAAAUUUACUUAUGAACAACUGAAUCUAACAAAAGACUCAAUAUUAGAACUGAAGAAAAUUCAAGGUUUUGGUUUGGAUCCGCUGAAAGUUGCACAGUCAACACUUGAUUCUGUGAUAAGGUUAUGCAAGGUGUAUUCACAUACUGUGAAUUGGGAUGAUGUUAAUGCACAUACAGAGACAUAUAAGCUUAAGAUAGAAGAGGACAAAAUUGCAAACCAUGUUAUUAAUAUAACAAAAUGCACAAUAGACAAAUUAUGUGAAUUGGGGAUUCUUGCAGCAAACAAUGGAGGGAACCUUGUUACUCUUCUUAACUGCUCAUGGAAAGGCGUUGUUUCCUUGCUUCAGCAGGGGAAGGGGGCUUUGGCCUUAAAGGUUAAUGUUACAGAUAUUAUUCUGAAUUUACUAACUCUGGCUAAUGAAUCUUUAAAGAGUGCUUCUGAAACUUGGUCAUGUUCGCUUGAAGCAGUUUCUGCAACUGAAGCUAAAAGGAUAUUCCUACCGGUAAAAUUCUACGUAAUUAAUGCCGUCCGCAUAUUAUCCCAAUAUCCACAUCAAGCAUUUCUCAUAUACAAGGAAGUAACACUGUGUGCCCUAAUGAUCUCUACGUUUCGAAUCUCAAUGAGUAAAGAUGACAACCUAAAAUGUGCUAGUGAAGUAUUGGCAGAAAUCUUGGAGCCAACAUCAUUCCAUUUACUCAACUCUUUAUUAUCUUCAUCUCAACUGAGACGAGAAGAUAAGUGUCAAAUUCUGGUUUGGUUAUUCAAUGAUGAUAAUGAUUUGGAUUGUAUUCUUGAAACUGGCAAUAAUGUUCAAAGGAUUGGUAAGUUGGAUGACAUUUUCCUUGUGAAGAGUGAUUCCGUACAAAGAACAAAGAUUCUGUUGCUUGGUCAUGUUUCCUUGUUUAUCAAUCUUCUUAAAAGUGCUCCUGAUCUGGAAGAAGAUACUCAGUUGGAUAUCACUACAAAGCUCAGAUGGCUUUUAAAUAGUUUUGCAGAUGAAGAAGUGUAUUCUAACACUCUUUCCAUGCAAACUAUAUUUAUGUAUCGUUCAGAUAAGAUACCAGAAUAUCAACCUAUGCUCUUUGUUAUCCUUCAUGCAUUAAAAACCUUCAUGAUUGCCGUUUCUUCAAGUGUUAUUUGGGAAGAAGUGGUAUCUUUCCUCCUUGAGAACUUCUUCCAUCCUCAUUUCCUCUGCCAUGAGAUUGUUAUGGAGCUUUGGUGCUUUAUUAUUCGUAAUUCCGAGGUUGACCUUGUAAAUGAUAUUAUGCACAAACUUUGUUUGCUACUACGUUCUGUUACCUCUUACAAAACAGCUCUUAUUCCUAAUUCUUCUGUUAGGAAGAUCGCAAGAUCUGUAUGUGUUCUUCUCAGUUGUGGAUCGAAACUGACAGCAGAUUAUGUCUACAAUAACAUUACUGGUGGAGAUAAUUCUAAUUCAUUUUCCAUUAUGUUCACAGCCAUGCUCAUGGAAGGAUUCCCACUUAAAUUACUUUCAGAUAAGAUGCAAAACAUUGUCAAACAAAGAGUCGUAACUGAAUAUUACCAAUUCCUAGAGAUGUUUGAUGGUAUAUCAUUGAGACAUGCUAGUUCAGGAGUGUUUGGUGCACAAGUUUAUGCAAUGUCAGCUGUCCUGCAAUCCCUCCAGGUUAGUUUACAUGAGAAUGACUUGAGCAUCUUCAAGUUUCUACAUACAAUUAUUAGUUUGUACAGAAGUUCCUCAGACGAUGCAAUGAAAGAACAAUAUCGUAACCUUCUGAGUGAAACUCUAGUUAUCAUCUCAAAGAUUACAAAUCUAUAUUCAUCUAAUGGAAUAGAAGACUUGAUUAUGGAGUUAAAAAACCUCUUCAUCACCAUGCCAGCAGAAUCAGAUACCAGGCUCUACGAAUGCAAGCCCAGUCUAGCCGCUUUCAUGGCUGGUACUGGUCACGUGGAUUUAUCCGAAAAUGUAAACUGCGUAAAGAUGUCAGCUCUAUCAGAAUUGUAUCACAUGUUAUUACGAGAGCGGCACUGGGCAUUCACACAUUUAGCAAUUGUAGGAUUUGGAUACUUUGCAGCACGAACUUUGUGCAAUCAGUUGUGGAGAUUCGUGCCUGAAGAUGCUGCACUUUCAUUUGAUUUGGAGUCCGGAAAGGACGUGAAUGAAGAGAGAUUCAUGUCGGAAUUGAAAGCAUUGCUGGAGAAGGAAAGAGCUAUUGCGGAAAUUUCAGCCAGUUCUGGGCAGCUUUGUAUGGUUGCAAAGGAGGGGAUGUUGCUUAAAUCGAUAACGAAAAAGAAUUAUAAUCUUGUCAUUACGGAUUUAAGAUAUGAAAAGAUGGAGAUUGAUGAUAGCGAAGAACAGUGUAAAAAGCGGAGGAAGCUUCCUGAUGGAAUUAGGAAUGGGGUGGAGCUUUUGAAGAAUGGGUUGAAAGUUAUAGGGGAUGGUAUCUCUGAGUUGGAUCAAAAUGUGGAACUUCAUGACAAGUUCUUGGCUCAUGUUUCUCGAUUAGAUGAUGCGAUUGGUCAGUUAGCAGGUCUAGCUAGUAAUAGUAAUGGAUGAACUAUCUGUUUUAAUCUCUCCAAUAUUGAACUGUUAUCAUUUGAGCAUUAUCUUAAUAUGCUCUGUUUUAUGUCA